AUGAAGGAUACUAUUAGAGACUCGUUCAUCGGCCAGAUCAUACAUAAGGCAUCUAAAGGCCGCUUGUUACCUUACGCCGAGGACUCUCCUUCCUUCGUUGUACCCAAAAAGUACCUACUCGAUCCAAUAUCGCCCACAUCCACCGCACCGUCCACCCGUACCGCGCAUCUCCGACUCGAGGAGACCUUUACCAGUCAGGCGUCGGCUACGACUCUCAACGAUGGGCAUAGCGGCUCUCAUCUGGCAAAGGAGAAGGAGGGAGGUGGGACAUCUGUCAGGAAAACGCGGAAGCUAGGUUAUGAGGGAGAGCCCAUAAUAGUGGAUUGGUACGGGCCAGACGACCCCGAGAAUCCUCUGAACUGGCCGACAAGAAAGAAAGUCUGGUUGACAUGGUGCAUCAUCGUCCUCACGUUCUCCGUCUACAUUGGCUCCUCCGUCUGGGCGCCCGCACUCUACGUCGGCGCCGAUUACUUCAACAUCUCCCUCAUCUCCUCCACUCUCGGCAUAGCGCUCUUUGUGCUCGGGUACGGUCUCGGACCACUCUUCCUCGCGCCCAUCACCGAGAUCCCAGCGGUCGGGCGCACAGCACCGUACAUCAUUACGCUGCUCAUCUACUGCUUGUUGCAGAUCCCGAAUGCGCUCGUGGACAAUUGGGCGGGGUUCUGCAUCCUGCGGUUCUUGAGCGGGUUUGUGGGAUCGCCGGUGCUUGCGACUGGAGGUGCCUCCGUCGCGGACAUUUUCUAUCCCGAAAAGGUUGCCUACGCUAUGUCCCUCUACGGCUUCGCGGCCGCCGCUGGACCCGGACUCGGACCUAUCGCCGUGGCGUGGGCGAUCGACGCAAAUGGUUGGAGAUGGGCGUUCUACGAGAUGCUCAUGCUCUCGGGUGCCGCUGUGCUGUUCUUAUCCGUCGUCAUGCCUGAGACCAACCCAGAAACCAUACUCCACCGCCGUGCAGCUCGGCUUCGCAAGAUCACCGGCAAUCCGAAUCUCCGGUCCGAGGGCGAGAUCCUGCAGUCCCACCUUCACCCUCGGGAAGUCCUCAGCGAAGCUCUGCUCCGACCGAUCAUCAUGACCUUCACCGAGCCGAUCAUUCUCGGUGUAAAUCUGUACAUCGGGCUGAUGUACGCUACGAUCUACACCUUCUUUGAGAGUUUCCCGAUAGUCUUCCAUAUCGGAUACGGCUGGAGCUUGGGCGUCUCCACCCUACCUUUCGCGGGCAUCAUGAUCGGCGAAGCGAUCAGCUUUGGCCUCUACUGCCUUUGGAAUCGACUGUCAUUUGAGGGGAAGUACAUUGCGAGCAAAGGGAGACUGCGGCCAGAAACGCGUCUGCCGUUGACGGUCAUUGGGUCUGCUAUCUUGCCUAUCUCGAUCUUUUGGUUUGCCUGGACUGCCAACAGGACGCACUGGAUCAACCCUGUCUUGGCCGCUUCGCUCUUCGGCGUCGGUAUUGACUUUAUCUUCAUGCCAUACUUUAACUACCUCCCGCAGGCUUACCCCCGCUACGCCGCCUCAGCACUCGCCUCGAACGACUUCGUCCGGUCCAUGAUGGCCGCAGCGAUGCCGAUCGUCUCUGUACCCUUGUUCCACAACCUCGGGAUCGACUGGGGAAACACCAUCAUUGGAUGCUGCUCCAUCUUGUUCUUGCCACUACCGGUCCUGCUCAUCAAGUACGGCCCGUAUCUCCGCGAAAGGAGUCCAAUUAGUGUACACGAGGAGGAGGUGCAAGCUGGGACAGAGUGGGAGAAGUUCCACGGGAAGGAGUACCCAAAGACGGAUAGUGAGGAGAUGGUGCAGGGUGUACCGGAGCGGAGAGGCGGCCCGGCAGUUGGAGCGGAUGGUGGGGACCGUGAGGGAACGACAGAAACGGCAGAGUGGGGUGGGGCGAGGGAGCUAGCUGGGCGCAGCUCAUCUUGA